CUGUUUCGUCUGCUACUGUUUUGAUUAUGGCCGUCUGCUCUAAUAGUCCCACUUUCCAUAGUCUAAAUAGUUAGUUUGCUAUUGGGUGUCACGUAAAAGAGAUUAAAAUGGAAUUUCCUGAGACCGAGAAGCAAAGAUCUAUAUUUGAGAAUGGACGCUUUCAUAAUCCAUGGCCAACUUGGAAAAAUAUUUCGUUUCUUAAGGGAGUCAGUGUUGCUCCAAAAUUUGUCUGGAAUCAACUCACAUCGGCUCCAAUGGUUUCUAAAACAGAAUUGGAAAAUGAACAUCCUGUUCUAAAGCCAGACGUGAAAAUUUUGGAAAACCCUCCAACAGAUAAAAUACAAUUUGUUUGGAUUGGACAUGCAACUUUUCUUAUUCAAAUGGAAGGAUUGAAUAUUCUCACCGAUCCAGUAUUUAGUCAUCGAAUUGGACCUGUUUCGUUCAUUGGACAGGCUAGGUACAGAAAACCAGCAAUGACAAUAAAUGAGCUACCAAAAAUAGAUGCUAUAGUAAUUUCACACGAUCAUUACGAUCAUCUUGAUUAUAACUCAGUGAAAAGUUUAAACGAACGCUACGGUAAUAACCUUAGAUGGUUCAUACCGUUAGGAAGAGGAAAAUGGUUAAAAGAUUGCGGUAUAGAAAAAGUUACAGAGUUGGAUUGGUGGGAAGAAAGCGAUACAAGCUUAAAAGGAGUAAAAUUUGUUUGUACUCCAUGUCAACACUGGUGUAAAAGAAAUUUAACAGAUACCUAUAAGGCGUUAGCGGGAUCUUGGUGCAUUAUAGGCCAACAACAAAAGUUCUUUUUCGCUGGAGAUACAGGCUAUUGCGCCAGUUUUAAGCAGAUAGGUUAUCAUUACGGUCCGUUUACACUUGCAGCUAUUCCGAUUGGAGCAUAUGAGCCUAGGCACUUUUUACAACCCCAACACGUUAAUCCUGAAGAAGCCAUCUCGAUUUAUGAAGAUAUCAAAGCGAAGCAUUUUGUACCAAUGCAUUGGGGAACAUUUCUCCUCUCAUUCGAACCUAUACUAGAACCACCUAAGAGAAUUUUAGAAGAAGUUAAAAGACGAAAUUUAACUGCUGACUAUUUUCAUUUACCAAAACUUGGUCAAGUUACCAACGUUUCAUAACUUCAUCUGCAAUAUGGUUUUUCAAAUUAUUAGUGUGAAAUUUUUGUUUCAUUCUCAAAAGAGUUUAAUUUUGAAAAUGAAAUCUAUAAUUAUUGUUUUGAAAAUUAAUGUGGCUUAUAAUUACGAUCUACGCUCUUACCAUCUGGCCCAUUCGUAUACUUAAUACGUAUUAAGCAGUGUAGAUAAACAAUACAAAAUGUUCAAAAAUUUAACUGAAAUCUCUCUAAACAACUGCAAAAUUUUCCAGUCGUUCAUUUAUUUUACCGAAACGAAAAUCAUGGAAGAGAAAAAACGAUCGAAUGAUAUCAAAGGAUCAUUUCUAUAUUCUAAGGAAUUGUAUUAAACUUACAAGUUUAGAUGUUAGCUCUACAGAUUUUAAUGAUAUUCAUUUGAACGAUAUAACAUCCCAAUUGCCAUUAAUUCAAGUAUUGAAUUUACAAAGUACUCAAGUAACAAAUAUUCUACCUUUAUUACGACUUAAGAAGUUAAAGGUUUUAAAUUUUUCGGAUUGUUUCCCGAUAUCUCAUACUGUAGAUAUUCUACGUUGCCUCACCAAAUUAGAAUGGUUAAGAUUAU